AUGUUGACCGGGAUCUCUGAAGCAUUGCUGAACGCGGCCGCCCUGGCGUCGGCGUUCGUGCUGGUCUAUACAUUAUUGAAUAAAUUCAGCAAGACUGCGCCGUUGCCCCCAGGUCCCCGCAAGCUUCCUCUUAUCGGCAAUCUCUUGGACAUUCCUCGAGAGCGCGAGUGGGUCACCUUCACUGAAUGGGCCGCAAAGUGGGGCGACAUCGUUUCGGUUUCCGUCCUUGGCGAACACAUGAUCAUCCUAAAUACCGCGCAGGCGGCGUUCGAGAUGCUCGACAAGAAAAGCGCCAAAUUUUCGGACAGACCAGUGCUCGAGUUGGCCGGCGAGAUCGUUGGUUGGAAGAAUACGGUCAUCCUUCUUCCGUACGGAGAAGAAUUCCGGGCUCAGCGUAAGGCCUUCCACCAGGCCAUCGGAAGCAAGAACUCUAUGUCCCAUUACUAUCCGAUCGUGGAAAAGGAGACGCACAAGUUCUUGAAGCGCGUCCUCGCCGAGCCAGUUCUCUUGGACCGCCAUGUGCGCAGGAUGUCUGCAGCCAUUCUUAUACGUAUCACUUACGGAUAUGAACUCCAAGAGGGACAGGACCCCUUACUAACGCUCGCCGAGGACGCUACUGCUGCUUUAGCCCUGUCAACUGCCCCGACGGUGUUCAUGGUCAAUGUCAUCCCUGCACUUCGAUAUGUGCCAGCGUGGCUCCCUGGCGGUGGUUACAAGAACAUUGGGGCGAAAUGGGCGAAAAUUUUUGACGAAUUGGUGAAUCGUCCAUACGAAUGGGUCAAGAAGCAAAUGAAACUCGGAACGGCCAACCCUUCAGUCACCUCUCGUCUUCUGGAUGAGACGGCAGAGUUAACACCGGAACGUGAGCGUCACAUAAAGUGGUCGGCCGCAUCUUUGUACGGUGGCGGGGCUGAUACAACGAUGCCGUCGAUCAUCACCUUGUUCCUCGCGAUGGCCCUCUACCCGGACGUGAUGAGGAAGGCUCAAGAGGAGAUAGACGCCGUCAUUGGUCAAGAUCGGCUUCCAUCAUUCUCGGACCGCGAAAAUCUACCGUAUACGAAUGCACUCGUGCUGGAAAUUGCCCGAUGGCACACAGUUGCUCCAACUGCCGUGCACCACAGUUCUAUGGAGGACGACAUCUACAAUGGCUAUUUGAUCCCCAAGGGGGCCAUGAUCAUUCCCAAUAUUUGGUAUAUGUUACACGAUCCCAAAGUGUACCCUGACCCCUUCGAGUUCAAACCAGAGAGGUUCUUAGGUCCGAACCCCGAACCUGACCCAUACGACGUUUGUUUUGGAUUUGGGAGGAGGAUAUGCCCAGGUCGCGUCUUAGCAGACGCCUCAGUAUUCCUUUCUUGCGCCAUGUCUUUGGCUGUCUUCAAUAUCACGAAGCUCUCUGAAAACGGCGAGACCAUCACACCUAUCCACGAACAAUUGACUGGGUCUAUAAGUCAACUCAAGCCUUUUAAAUGCGCAAUCACACCCAGGUCGUCCCAAGCGCAAGUCCUGAUUGACUCCGAGAUUUAA